AUGGCAUGGUCUGAUCUCCCCAUAGAUCUCCUCUGUUGCAUCUCAUCACACUUGUCCAUUGUAGACUUAGUCCGAUUAUCUGUUGUCUGCACCUCAUGGAAUUUCACUCUUACCAACUAUGCAAUUCUUGGAUUUCAAUGUCGUCCCUCCCCAUGGUUGCUCCUUUCCAAUGAUGACGAAGAGGCCUCCGACACACUCACCUUCCACGAACUUACCAUAGAAAGAGAAGAAGUUGUCGUCAGCUUCCAACGUAGCUUCUCCUCCAUCGGUAGCCACACCUAUGAUCGCCGUUGUUUCGGCUCCAAGGAUGGAUGGCUUGUGACCCUUGACAAAAUAGAUCUACAGCCUUGCCUCUUCAACCCAGUCUCAAAGGCUGAAAUAUCGCUCCCAUCCCUUUUGACCUUGAUUGACCCACAAUAUGCCCCUGACGGCUCCAUUAGGAUUACGUGCAAUGAUAUUUUCUGGGACAUUAGGACUGAUGACUUUCGUGAUAUAUAUUUUCAUAAGUUCAUUGUCUCGUCUAAUGACUCUACUGGAACUAUUGUUGUUAUCUAUGGCAUUACAAAAGAGCUUGCUUUGGCAAGGUUACAAGAUAUGACUUGGGUUCUUGGGCCACAAUUAUCUCCUUAUAGCCCGAAGGAUGAGGAGCAAUUUGAGGAUGUUUGCUAUCAUGAAGAAAAUCAAAGAUUUUUUGCAAUCACAAAUUUUUCUAUGGUGCUUUCUUUUGACCUCAAUGGACAAAAUAUUGAAUUGAUCUGCCCAAAUAUGCCCAACCCAUACUUUCGCACCAGUAAUUUCUAUCGUAUGUACUAUAUUUCCUUUUUGUCAGAAACUCUUUUAAAAAUAGAGAGGGUGAUUGAUGCUACCUAUGAUAGCUACAAUACAACGACGGCUAUCUUUGUUUUCAAGUUUGUGCCAUCUGUUGUUACUUCUUCUUCUUCUUACUCUCAAUGGAUCCCCGUCAACGAGUUAGAGGAAUACUCCUUUUUUGUGGGUUAUAAUCAGACAUUUUCUUUGCAUCACACGGUUGCUACCGGAAUUAAACCAAAUUGCAUAUAUUUCACCGAUCAUUCAAGGAACAUGUUGCCAGGAUAUGUUGAUUGUGAUGUUGGGCUUUUUGAUAUUUACAAUGAUAGAAUUCAAUAUUUCCUUCUCCCAAAUCCAUGGAUUAGUUGGCCUCCAUCAAUCUGGUUUACACCAUCACUUUCAUAA